AUGGUGGCCGCCAAGAAGAUUAAGAAGUCCCAUGAGAGCAACAACAGGCUUGCUCUUGUCAUGAAGAAUGGCAAAUACAUUUUGGGUUACAAAACUGUGCUUCACACCCUAAGAAGCUCCAAAGCGAAGCUGGUUAUCAUUGCCAACAACAGCCAUCCUUUUCGGAAGUCUGAGAUAGAGUACUAUGCGAUGUUGGCUAAAGUUGGGGUUCACCACUGCAAUGGGAGUAACGAGAAAGAAGGAUUGGAUUUUAUUAAAGAGGCUAUCAGCAGAACAGGGUAUGGUGAGAAGAUAAAGAUAGCUAUCGAUGUUGUUGCUACCGAUUUUUGCAAAGGUGAUGAGUUCUUUCCUGCAAAUUUCCUACACUAG